AAACUGAAUAAUCUUUUAAUUGGUCAAAACAGGUUGGUAAGUUUUUAAUUAACAAGUGAACAGAUAAACAGAUUAUAAUUAUGUGAAGAAACGAAGAAAUGAAAAUACAAUAUAUAGCACAGAGGAUUUGGAACAUCUAUAAGCCAAUGAAAUAUUUGAAUGACAAUUAAGGUGUUGAUAUUAAUUUUGGCUGGGACUAUACCACAUGAAAUUGGUCAUCUUCCAAGUUUAGAGAGAUUGUGUCUCGGAAUUAAUAAUCUCAGUGGUCUCAUCUCAUCCUCGAUCUUCAAUAUUUCCACAAUAACAUUGAUAGAUCUUCACGACAAUCAGCUCUCAGGCACCCUUCCAGCAAACAUAGGCCUUGGGCUUCCAAACCUCCAAUUUUUCUUCAUAGGAGGAAAUAAGCUCAGUGGAGUACUCCCUAAAUCCAUCUCCAAUGCUUCUCAGCUCAUAAGGCUAGAGCUUGGCCAAAACUUAUUUUCCGGCUUUAUUCCUAGUGAGCUCUGUGCCUUAGCAAACCUUUAUCGGCUUGCCUUACACCAGAAUAAUUUGACCAUUGAUACUUCUAUUCCAGAAGUAAAUUUUUUCUCUUGUUUGGCAAAUCUUAAAGAUCUGAGCACAUUAGCCUUGUCACACAAUCUUUUAAAUGCCAAGCUUUCGGUUUCCUUUAGUAAUCUCUCAGCAUCACUUGAAUUCAUUUAUUUAGGUGACUGCAACAUGAGAGGUAACAUCCCCAAUGAUAUAGGCAACUUGAGCAACUUAACACUCUUAGACCUUGCGGAAAAUAAACUGAGUGGACCAGUUCCAACUUCAAUGGGAAGAUUACAGAAUGUCCAAAUUUUGGAUGUGCAUGCUAAUAAAUUGCAAGGACACAUUCAUUCCGGAUGAACUUUGUCAACUAAUCCAUCUAAAUGAGUUAAGUCUGUAUGGGAAUCAACUUACUGGUGCCAUACCUGCCUGCUUGGGUGAUCUAAAUGCAGCUCUAAGAGGUCUAUUCUUACAGUCCAAUUUGUUAACAUCCACAAUACCAUCUACCUUGUGGGGGCUUUCAGAUAUCUUGCACAUAAACCUUUCAUCCAACUCUAGUUGGGCCUCUCUCAGAAGGUUUUGGUAAUUUGAAAGUUGUCAUCGAUGUAGAUUUAUCAAACAACCAACUGUCUGGCAGCAUACUAAGCAGUAUUCAGAGUCUACAAAAUUUGGUCAAUCUGUCCUUGGCAAGUAAUAAUUUAGAAGGCCCUAUUCCUAGUUCCUUUGGAAACUUGCUAAGCUUAGAACGCUUGGAUUUAUCCCAGAACAAUCUAUCUGGAAUGAUUCCAAAGUCUCUAGAAGCACUCUCAUAUCUCAAGUAUCUGAACUUGUCUUUCAACAAACUCCAAGGAGAAAUUCCAACAGGCGGACCUUUCACAAACUUGUCUGCUCAAUCGUUUGUUUCAAACCGUGGACUCUGUGGUGUAUCCCGAUUUCAUGUUCAACCAUGCAAAAGGAAAAGUGGUACAUCUAGCUUGAAAUAUGUUAUUCCAGGGAUCUUGUCAGCAAUGCUUCUUGUGAUCUCCAUAAUUUGGUUGGUGAUGUUACGCAGAAAAAAGAAUGUGGAAGCUACAAUAGAGACUACCUACUUGCCUCAACCUCUGUACAGAAGAGUUUCAUACCAAGAGCUUCUAAGUGCAACAAAUGGAUUCAAUGUGAGCAACUUACUUGGCACUGGCAGUUUUGGCUCAGUUUAUAAAGGAACAUUUUCAGAUGGGGUAGAUGUGGCCAUAAAGGUUUUUAAUUUAGAAACAAAAGGGGCUUUCACAAGUUUUGAUGUUGAAUGUGACAUGCUAAGCAAUAUUCGUCACCGAAAUCUUAUCAAAGUCAUCAGCUGCUGCAAUCAAAAUGAUUUCAAAGCUCUUAUACUGAAUUACAUGCCUAAUGGGAACCUGGAGAAGUGGUUAUAUUCACAGAACUAUUCUUUGAACAUGCUGCAGAGGUUGGAUAUAAUGAUAAAUGUUGCAUCAGCUUUGGAGUAUCUUCAUCACGAUUAUGAAACACCUAUUGUCCAUUGUGACUUGAAGCCCAGCAACAUAUUACUAGAUGAUGAUAUGGUUGCACAUGUUGCUGACUUUGGCAUAGCAAAACUAUUAGGCGGAGGAGAUUCUAUGACUCAAACAAUGACGCUAGCGACAAUUGGGUAUAUGGCUCCAGAGUACGGAACGGAAGGGAUUGUCACUAGAAGAGGGGAUGUGUAUAGUUUUGGCAUUGUAUUGAUGGAAACAUUCACAAGAAGGAAGCCAACUGAUGAGAUGUUCGUUGGGGAAAUGAGUUUAAAGCAAUGGGUUGCAAAUUCACUAUUUGCAGAUGCAAUAGUUGAAGUUGUUGAUACUAAUUUACUUGGGACACAGAAAGAUCCUAAAUUUGUGAGCUAUAAUGUUUGCUUCUCAUCCAUUAUGAGAUUAGGUGUUGCUUGUUGUGUAGAGUCACCAAAAGAGAGGAUAACUAUGCAAGAGGCUGUAGCCACGCUGAACAAAAUCAAGAUCGAGUAUGUGAAGGAGGUGUGGUGACGAACCGAUCCUCUUGUUCAAUAGACCUUUGAUGAAUAGAUACAUAUAUUCGGUAUCUAUAUAGUAUAUUUUGUAGGUUUGGCAUUUGAUUCGGUCCUUAAUGAUUUAAUAGUAUGAUUGUGCGAUUCUGCUCAUGUUUGUGUAACA